GCUCCAGCGAUCCAAAUACGGUUUUUUGUUUUUGAGAAAAUAAACUUCGUAUAUAAAACGUGGGUGAGAACAGCGGACUUUUCUUCGUGAUUAUUAGUGCAAGCAAGAUGGUACUCGGUCGUGUGCACUACGCCUUUUGUGUAAUACUUGUGAUCCAAACUUUAUUGUAUUGUGAUGGUCAGUUCGUGCAAAAGAAUUAUGAAACGAUAACCCCAGUGCCGUUUCCGACAUGCAGAGCAGAUGACAUCGACUGUCUACGCCGAAGUCUCAGAACCUUCUUCUUUCUGAUGGAUGCUGGCCACUUUGGCAUGCAGCCUGUCGACCCAGCCAUCGUUAACAGUGUGUCCUUAGCCUUACCCGAAGAACAAACGACCUUUGCACUAAGAAGGGUCAACGUAACCGGUGCCAGGUGGACCAAACUCGUCGAAAGGAGAUUCAAUUUAGAAGGUGGUAAAACUGGUGUGGUAUUUCUUAGCGACCUUCAUUUGACCGGUCAGAUAAGUAUGGAGGUAGCUGGUAGGCCGGAACCUCACAAUGCUUACAUAACAAUGGAUAUACAGGGUGCAGAAAGCAACAUCACUUAUAUGGGCAACAUACAACGAGGUCUCGAUAAUGAGGAUUACAUUGUAAUCGGUCCCGAGAGAAUAGCCAUCAGGAAUAGGCGAAUCCCAACGUACUUUUUACAACCAAAUACUGAAGAUUCAUACAUCAUUGACGAAGCAAUACAGAAGAAACAGUCUAUCUUGGAUCACUUUUCAAAUGAAAUCACAGCAGCCAUAAUGCACUCUGUAGUCGAUAAUUUUAGAUUAUUCUCCAUGAAAGUACCCAUUAGACAUUACUAUAAGUAUUAUAAGUAAAGGUUAACACAGUAGGUAUACCACAGGAAGAUCUGAAAUUAAUCCACUGAACAGAAACAAAUUGUAGCGAAAAAUAAGAUAUUUAUUAAAAUCAAUAAAAACAGGCACAUUUUUGUUUAAUUUGUUAUAUUAAUGUUCCUAGAAAACAUCACCCAUAGAUUCUUCAACAAACUUUUUGUAGAUAGCCAUGAAUUUAGCAACAAAUGCCUCAAGGUGGAAUAUAGGUUUGUUACCGAGUCUCAUUCUAUGUUCAUAGUUUGCUGCAUGACUGGCAAUUUGGCAUUUCAUAGCCAUGUCACAAUUACGUACCAAUUCUUUUAAAAGUCCUGCAAAGAUCAUGUCAGGAGGAACACCGUGUAUUAUCAACUCAUACAAUUUUUGUCGGACUUCACCAAGUUUCUUUGGAGUUUGUUCUGAUAGUAUCAUAGUAGCUGUAUCUCUGAUGAACUGUUGCCAAUCUGGUUCUGGUAUCUUUUGAUCUGAUGUAAAUGGAUACUGCUGAACUUUACAAGCCUCACACAUAAGUAAUGCUCUCCUUAAAUUGCGGUCUGCUGCCUUUGCAAGCCGCAUUGCAAGGUCAGAUGGGAGAUUUAGACUUUCUUUUUUACAAACUAAUUGGAGUACUGAGGCAAUCUCAUUUUCUGUUGGUGCUGGCACCCUGAUGGUAAGGCAACGGGACCGGAUAGCAGGAAUGACACGAGAUAUGGAGUUUGCAAUAAGUAUCAGGCGACAGGUGGCGACGUACUUCUCCAUAGUUCGGCGUAGGGCGUGUUGAGCGUCUUUUGUUAGGUCAUCUACCUCAUUAAGAAUAACAACUUUGAAUUCUCUCUGCCCUGUUGAAUCUAUUUGAUGAGUUUGAGCCACAUUUUUCACUAAGUCCAUGAUAACAACUCUGUCGUGAAUUCCUACAUCAGUUGGAUUAACUUCAAUGUGAUAGUUGCUACUUACAGUCAUGAUUUCUACUUUCUUAUUGGAAGGUGUUGUAAAAGUCAUUGUUUCUUGUCUAAGCCGUUCCACACCAGAACCAUAAAGUUCUCGUAGUAAACACAUGAUGCGAGUCUUCUUACCGGCUCCUGAAGGACCGUAAACAAGCAAAUGCGGAAAAUCACUUUGCUGAACCAAACUUUUUAAUCUCACCGCUUGAUCUUUAUGAUAAUCCAGUUUCAUUAAAUCUCUUGGCCUAUGUUUAUCUACCCAAAGACUCAUUAUUACGACUUAGCGUAUUACUUUUUCUAUUUAAUAACAAUCUACAAAUUAUUUAUCUUUAAAUCGAGGUUAGCU